AUGAACAUAGUGGCGUCCACUACGUGUGACGUUAGUCUGUGCGAUCAACGGAAGAAAUUAAACAUGUCGCUUACGAGGUGAGUCGUGUGGCAAGGCCUUAUUUAUAUUUUACAGAAUGUACAACACCUGUAAAUGAUCAAAUGGCAUGUUAACACAUUAUUUAACGUUACUAACGUCUUACCCCCAUAUUCUUUCUUUGAAAUCGAUGUUUUGGUAGUUAGCAUUUAGUUAGUUAGGCUAACUCCUGGCCUAGUUGGCUAGCUAGCAAGCUAACUUUAGCUAACUGCUCUCUGGUGGUUUCUUGUCUUGGGGAUUAGCUAGCUAGCUAUUUGGUGUAUCGGGGUCAGGUUUAUUAGAAAAUAUACCUUGAUGUUAUUAGUGCGAACACAACCUUGUCUUGUGUCUCAAAACAAGCCUUUGAAGCUAGCACAUGCACCGUACGCUAACGUUAGGUAGCUAGAUAGCCUUGUUUACAGUCGAGAUAUCUGAAUUGCGGUAAUUCUACUUAAUAGCGAAAAAAGAAUGACAACUUAGUAUUUUGUUUGUCUGCCUGCAGCUUUCUACCGGCGCCGACGCAGCUGUCCCAGGACCAGCUGGAGUCAGAGGAGAGAGCCCGGGCACAGAGGUCCCACUCCACCGCCCUGGUCUCCUCCCGCAGAGAACCCCCUCCCUACGGCUACAGGAAGAGCUGGGUGCCCCGCUCUCUGGAGGUACUGAGAUUUACUCCAUACCUAGUUUAAUGGAUUCAAUGAUGCUGUUAUUCGGUGUUAGCUAUGAGUUGUCUUAUAAGGCACUCUAUGUAAAAUGGAAGGGACAGUCAAAGCCUUACAAGAAUGUGCUAUUGUUGGUGCUGUGUUAGAAAUUACACUCUGUGCAGAAAAUAUGUCAUGUGAGACUUCCUCUUGGUGUGUGUGUUGGGCUCACCUGCGUUGUAGGACUUUGGAGAUAGAGGUACAUCUCCACAUAGCUUCUUCCUCAUAAUCUCACAGUUUGUUUGACUCUCUGCCUUGUUUUGUGUUGUAGGACUUUGGUGAUGGCGGUGCCUUCCCAGAGAUCCACGUUGCCCAGUUCCCUCUGGAGAUGGGCAGGAAGAAAAAGACGUCCAACGCACUGGCCGUUCAGGUGGACGCUGAGGGCAAGAUCAAAUACGACGCCAUCGCCAGACAGGGACAGGGCAAGGACAAGGUAAGAAUAUUAUUAGUUAUCCAGCUGGUCGGGCCUCCCGAGUGGCGCAGUGGUCUAAGGCACUGCAUCGUAGUGCUAGCUGUGCACUGUCGCAGCCGGCCGGUGUUUCCUCCGACACAUUGGUGCGGCUGGCUUCCGGGUUAAGCGGGCAUUGUGUCGAGAAGCAGUGCGGCUCGGCUGGGUUGUGUUUCGGAGGACGCACGGCUCUUGACCUUCGCCUCUCCCGAGACUGUAACUACCAAUUGGAUACCACGAAAUUGGGGAGAAAAAGGGGUAAAAACAAAAUGCAUAAAUAACUAAAAGAUAUCCAGCUGGUCUGCUUGGUGUAGCUAGAUCUACAAGACAUUCUCAGAUGAGUCUGUGACAUAAAGGAAGCCUAUUGGUCCUUUUUAUUUGGAUUUAUGCCGUUAGGGAACGAAAUUGCCUGAAUACUUUUUCUGUGCUGUGAGCCACCAUUGUUAUUGUCAUACAGUUACCAAGUAAAUAAAGCUGUUUCAUGACCAGAUCCUGUGUUAAACGAAGAGCCAUCAUUUGAAUAGAUGCGAAUAGAACCAGUGUAGAGUUCAGUUUCUUGUAUGUUCAGCUGUCUCCUCUGUUCUCCCUGUGCAGGUGAUCUUCAGUAAGUACACAGACCUGCUUCCUAAGGAAGUGCUGAACGACGAUGCCCCAGAGCUGCAGAAGCCUGACGAGGAGGCUGUCAAAGAGCUGACAGAGAAGACCCGUGAUGCUCUGAUGAAGCAGGUCUCUCAGAAGAUCGCUGCAGCCAUGCCUGUGAGGGCAGCAGACAAGCAGGCCCCUGCACAGUACAUCAGGUAUGGUUGCUCUCUGUGAUAUACUCUGUGGCCAGUUUAUUAGGUAUGCCCAUCUAGUGCUGGGUCGGACCCCCCCUUUGCCUCCAGAACAGCCUGAAUUCUUUGGGCGGUGGAUUGUACAAGGUGUGGCGUUCAAACGUUGCUCGAUUUGGAUCAAGGGACCUAACGUGUGCCAGGAAAACAUUCCCCACACCAUUACACCACCAGCCUGUACCGUUGACACCAGGCAGGAUGGAGCCAUGGACUCAUGCUGCUUACGCCAGAUCCUGACUCUGUCAUCACCAUGACGCAACAGGAACCGGGAUUCGUCGGACCAGGCGUUGUUUUUACACUCCUCAGUUGUCCAGUGUUGGUGAUCGCGUGCCCACUGGAGCCGCUUCUUCUUGUUUUUAGCUGAUUGGAUUGGAACCCGGUGUGAUCGUCAGCUGCAAAAGUCCAUCCGUGACAAGGACCGACGAGUUGUGCGUUCCAAAAUGCUUUUCUGCACGCUGUUGUUUGCCUGUUUGUGGCCCGCCUGAAUGCUUGCAUGAUUCUUGACAUUCUCCUUCGAUCUCUCAUCAACGAGCUGUUUUUGGCCACUGGACUGCCACUGACUGGCUGUUUUUCGUUUGUCACACAAUUCUCGGUAAACCCUGGACACUGUCGUGAGUGAAAAGCCCAGGAGGCCGGCCGUUUCUGAGAUACUGGAACCGGCGUGCCUGGCACCCACGAUCACACCAUGUUCAAAGUCGCUUAGGUCACUCGUUUUGCCAAUUCUAACAUUAAAUCGAACAGUAACUGGUACCUGUCUGCCUGCUUUAUAUAGCAAGCCACGGCCACGUGAUUUACUGUCUGUAGGAGCGAACCAUUUUCGUGAACGGGCUGGUGUGGUCCUCUGUAGCUCAACUGGUAGAGCACGGCGCUUGUAACGCCAAGGUAGUGGGUUCGAUCCCCAGGACCACCCAUACACAAAAAUGUAUGCACGCAUGACUGUAAGUCGCUUUGGAUAAAAGCGUCUGCUAAAUAACUUAUUAUUAUUAUAUUAUUAUAAACUGGCCUCUAAGUGUAUAUGAUGCACACAUUUUACAUCAUUGUAUGUAUUUCUGUCCUACAGAAGAAUAUAAUACUACGUCUUUCAGACUCAAUUUAGAAAUCAUCAUUGUGGUCUGAACACAAAAGUACAAUCGCAUACUUCCAUUUACUUCACAUGCAACAUGUAGCCUACAGGACAGUCCCCAUGAAACCUAUAAUGGAUUCAGUGUUUGUGUGGUUUAUUGAAAGGGGCAUGUAGAUGCUGAUACCUUGUGUGUUAUUCCCCCAGGUACACUCCUUCCCAGCAGGGUGUGGCCUUCAACUCCGGGGCCAAGCAGAGGGUCAUCCGUAUGGUGGAGAUGCAGAAGGAUCCCAUGGAGCCCCCACGCUUCAAGUAAGUACAUUUUCAUCAUGGUCACUGACUAAAUUCACGCUAAACCCGUUUAACUUACAUGCUUGUCACUUUUAUUAUCUUGCUGGGGGAACUCGAGUCAUGCACAUCCUUAAACAAAACUGAUGUAGACUAGAACCCACCCCCUUGCGUUAACUAGGAUGUAAUGUUUGGUUGUUGUUUCAGGAUCAACAAGAAGAUUCCUCGUGGACCUCCCUCCCCUCCUGCACCAGUCAUGCACUCCCCCAGCAGAAAGGUACCGUUGGGGUUCAGACUAGGGGUGGGACGUUUAAACAUUUGAACGAAUUUGGGAUCAUUAACGUUUAGAAAAAAAUCCCUAAACGAAACCUUUUUAUUUAUAUUUAAAUCCCAUUGCAGUUAUCACAGAAAUACCACUAACAGGUCCUGAUCAUCAUAAAGGCAAAAAAUUUAAAUGUAACAAAUACCUAAUGAAAUAAUGCUGUAAGUAGGAGAUAUGCAUCUUUCAAAUGAUUUGCCUCGGAUAUAAAGCACUCCACGCGUCAUCGUCGUUAACUGUUGGAAAAAUGGCAGAGAUUGAGACAAGGAAGCGACAGCAGCGAAGACCUGUACGGCAAUACUUUGAGAAGUUAAAUGAGAAGGUGAUGAAAUGCAAACUUGGCGAAGUGUAAUUGAGCUGCAGUACAGGUGCAAUGCUGAAAGGGAGGCGCCGUGAGACCAAACCCGUUGCUGGCAGCAGAGCGAUGAGGGACGGAGUGAGAAAAUCACAGCGCUCAUUACAGAAAUGAUUACAGUUGAUAUGCAGCCAUUGUCAAUGGUAGAGGAUGUCGGCUUCAAUACCCUGAUGGCAUAUCUAGAACCAGACUACAAGAUGGUAGGUAGCCAUGACUGCGGUUCAUUGAACUGCAUUGCCCCCUAGCAGUCGUACGCAGGACCAUUUCUGAAAUGUGAAUUCAUGUCAUUUUAUGAAGAAAAUAAAAUGAACGAGAGAGAAAAAUGUCAGUUUAAACGUUAAAUAGUUUUAAUAAUUUGUCACAGCCAGCUGUACAGUGUUUCCUCCGAUACGGUGCGGCUGGCUUCCGGGUUAAGCGAGCAGUGUGUCAAGAAGCAGUGCGGCUUGGCAGGGUCAUGUUUCGGAGGACGCAUGACUCUCGACCUUCGCCUCUCCCGAGUCCGUACGGGAGUUGCAGCGACGGGACAAGACUGUAACUACCAAUUUGGAUAUCACGAAAUUGGGGAGAAAAAGGGGUAAAAAAAUAAAUAAUAAAAACAUACAAAAAAAGCAUUUGGUCAAUUCAAUACAUUUCAUCUAGAACUUUCUCCCUCUAGCUGUGUAAAUGUUGGACAAAGACGUGAAGUGUUUUCUCUCUGUCCUUUCAGAUGACUGUCAAGGAGCAACAGGAGUGGAAGAUUCCUCCCUGUAUUUCAAACUGGAAGAACGCAAAGGUACUGACUAACUCUGCUUCCUCCCUCUGGAGGCAUUAGUGAAUCAAUGAGACAUUUGUCUUUGUUUGAGGCCAAGAGCGACGACAUUGGACGAAGCCCAACUCCUGUGUUCCGUGUUCUAGGGUUACACCAUCCCACUGGACAAGCGUCUGGCGGCGGACGGGAGAGGACUGCAGACCGUUCACAUCAACGAGAACUUUGCCAAACUGGCCGAGGCGCUCUACAUUGCUGACAGAAAGGUAAACAGUCUGUGGUUUUGGACCCUGGUGUUUGUCCUGUGCCUAGCAACUUCUCAGAGCCUCUCUGAAAUAUCUGGUCAUCUCUCUGUGUCCAUUUUCAAAGCUGACUACAAUUCUGUAUGCUCUUGAUUUCAGAGUGAUUCUGUCACCAUGAAAAUAUGAUUCUGUGCUGUGUUCUCUCUUUGUUGUUCUGUGUCUAAGCCUUUAUGUCUGUGAGUCACACUUACGCUUGUGACCUUAAGUAUAGAACAUGAUGCUGAUUCACAUAGCAAUUCUUCCCGUUGUGUGUUGUCUAGGCCAGAGAGGCUGUGGAGAUGAGAGCCCAGGUGGAGAAGAAGAUGGCCCAGAAAGAGAAGGAGAAGAAGGAGGAGAAGCUCAGAGAGCUGGCUCAGAUGGCCCGGGACCGCAGGGCAGGGAUCAAAGGUCACGGAGGGGACAAAGGUCAGUCCACCACCCUCUUCCUCCUUCAGGUUUACCCUAACCACAGAUCUAGGAUCAGGUCAUCUGUUUAUGAUUUCAUGUUUUCUUGUACAAGGACUUCCAAUAUAUAGAGUAGUAAAGCUGUGUGCAUGGUCACAUAAAUCCUUAAUAAGUACAUUUGAAAUUAAAUAUACUGACAAUGUUUAACCAAAUGCAGCAUUGAGAAACACAAACCAAUAGAUCUUUCUGAGUCUUGUCCAAGUAGCUCUGUGCAUGUGGAGGGAGGACUCAGCUGUCGUUUCUGUUUAUGUGAGUGAGCCUCCUGGUAACCACAUUGCUCCCUCUCUUCCCCUGCACUGUCCUACUCUCUCCAUCCCCUGUUCCUUCUCCAUCGCUCCUUCUCCAUCUCUCCAUCCCCUGUUCCUUCUCCAUCUCUCCAUCCCCUGUUCCUUCUCCAUCUCUCUCCUCUCAUACCUCCCUCUAUCACUCCCUCUCCUAUACCUCCCCUCUAUUUCUCUCCUCCCUCCGUCUCUCCUGUGUCAGCUGGAGAGGACGGUGAGGCCAGAGAGCGUGACGAGAUCCGUCAUGACCGGAGGAAAGAGAGACAGCACGACAGGAACAUCUCCAGAGCCGCCCCCGAUAAGCGGUACAUGCUUCUUUAACAACGCAUACAUACACAAACCAUAUGUCCAUACACCAUCACAUACACACACAUGCACUCCAGCCACACACACGACACACUCACUUUACACACACACACACACACCUAUCUACAUGGUGCGUAACAUUUACAUUUACAUUUUAGUCAUUUAGCAGACGCUCUUAUCCAGAGCGACUUACAGUUAGUGAAUCAUUUUUUUUAUUUUUUAUACUGGCCCCCCUUGGGAAUUGAACCCACAACCCUGGCGUUGCAAACGCCAUGCUCUAUCAACUGAGCUACAUCCCUGCCGGCCAUUCCCUCCCCUACCCUGGACAACGCUGGGCCAAUUGUGCGCCGCACAAGAAAUGUUGAAUGAAUGCAGCUGGCCACAGCAGCACCCAGCCCUGACCCCUUGUCUGUCUGCUACGACUGCAGUGCGACAGAGAGACAGCAAGUGAGAGGGCGUGAGGGGGGGGGCAGGGAGUGAGGGAAGGGCAGGGAGUGAAGAGGGGGAGUGAGAGAGGGAGGGGCAGGGAGUGAAGAUGGGGAGUGAGGGAGAGCUAGAGACCCACAGCGACUACUUAACCUUGCUGUGUGCUGGACGUGAUCAUCUGCAGAUUUGUAGAGAUUGGGAGGGUAACGUUAUCGGACCGUGCCCAGGCGGUUUGGAGCAGGUUGGGGGCGCUAGGUUUAGCUCGUAAGCUACAUUCCAUUGCAGUACACCUGAAAUGAAUAGUUAUCCUGUUGUCUCUGUCCUUCCUCCUUUAUUCCCAUCGUCAGGUCGAAGCUGCAGAGAGACCAGGACAGAGAUAUCAGUGAGCUCAUCGCUCUGGGCCAGCCCAACCCUAGGGCCUCCAGCGAGGCUCAGUACGACCAGAGACUGUUCAACCAGAGCAAGGUGAGAUGGAGUGCGCACACACACACACCUACACACACACUAGUGAUGCAUGGGUUGACUUAUAGCCCACGGUUAUAUCUGCCGGGCGGGUUUAGGGUCAUGAAAUAUUGUGUGGAUGAAGUCCGGGUGGGUGGCGGGCGGGUUGAAUAAAGAGAAAACAAAACUUUAAAUUAAUAAAUGUAUCAUUCUUGUGCGAUUUCUAUCUAUAGGCUACAUUUAGUCUAAAAUAAUGAAAGAAAAACCUAUCUGGCAUUAGUGCAUAAGGCUGAGGGCCUAACUGUAUGCAUGCCAAAUACCUUACACACCAAUUACCAAAUAUUUUGGGGACAGGCAGUAAAAGUUCUCGUCGAACCAUGGAGGCAAAAACAACUAUUUGAGUUUAAUUCAAUAAGAGAAGAAGCUGUGAAAUGGAGAGGUGAAGAUAAAGAGAAGGGAGGGCCAGAAAAGUCGUGUUUGGGAAAGAUUUGGUGAAGUGGUAAAAGAGGAUGAUAGCAGUGCCGGCUAUGUUAUGUGUCCCGUGUAGCUCCGCUAUGAUACCAAAUGUAGGCUACAUUUUGACUCGGGAACAGGAGUGGAGAAAUAUGAUUUAUUUCUUUCAGCAUCUUGAGAGAAUGCCAAUGCACAGGUAGUGCUAUCUUUAUCAGCAUCAUAGAAGCUGAUAGUAUUUCAACCACAUAAAAUAUGCAUCCAAGCUGAGCUGAAGUCUUAUCAGAAACAUGUUGGGUAGUUUUCACUGCUUUCUAUUUCCUUACUACCAGUCGAACUGAUGUCAUUUGAACGUUUUACACAGAAAAUCUUUCCCAUUUCUCUAUUUUGUUAUGGCAUUUUCUCUCCAGUCCCUAAUUGUUUUUGCUCCGCGAAAGAAGCAGCGGUGACCGAGAACUUUACCAAUGUCAACUAGAUUGAAGCAUUCAUGACAAGUUGACUAAUGGAUAGCCUACCAAAAUGUCGGAAAUUAUAAACAGAAACGUCUACAUCAAGCAAAACUAAGUCCUGCACCCUCUGUCAAAUAUCCCAAAAUCAUUCCGUCCAAUUUCUAUAUUGGCGGGUUAGGGUCAGGAGUGGGCCUCAGAUUUUCACUUUAUCACAUAUAGUCUGUUGCAGAUGGGUUGUUAGCAAUUGCGGGCAGGUGAAAAAACAUCUGCCCGCGCACCACUAAAACACACACUUUAUUGUCAGGGGUUAAUAAAGGCUCUCAAGUGUCAGUGGGAUCCGCUGGCUGUUAAUACAUCUGUUCGUAAAUGUCAAGUGGUUCUCACAAAGAAGGUUAUGAAAGUUGUGUGCUUCCCUGGUAGUUUUUUUGAACAAUCCCAUUCUAAGUCUGAUGUCAUUGUUUACCAGGGUAUGGACAGCGGUUUUGCAGGCGGGGAGGAUGAGAUGUACAAUGUGUACGACCAGCCGUUCAGGAGAGGCGCCGACAUGGCUCAGAACAUCUACCGGCCCACCAAGAGCUCUGACAAGGACAUGUAUGGCGACGACCUGGACACACUCAUGCAGACCAACAAGUACGCAAGGCCAUCUGUUACAUUACCCUUCUGUGUAUAUACUGUUAGAUAUAUACAGUCAUGGUCAAAAGUUUUGAGAAUGACACAAGUAUUGGUCUUCACAAAGUUCGCUGCUUCAGUGUUAUGAGAUUUUUGUCAAAUGUUACUAUGGUAUACUGAAGUAUAAUUACAAGCAUUCCAUAAGUGUCAAAGGCUUUUUAUUGACAAUUACAUUAAGUUUGUGCAAAGAGUCAAUAUUUGCAGUGUUGACCCUUCUUUUUCAAGACCUCUGCAAUCCGCCCUGGCAUGCUGUCAAUUAACUUCUGGGCCACAUCCUGACUGAUGGCAGCCCAUUCUUGCAUAAUCAAUGCUUGGAGUUUGUCAGAAUUUGUGGGGUUUUUUGUCCACCCGCCUCUUGAGGAUCGACCACAAGUUCUCAAUGGGAUUAAGGUCUGGGGAGUUUCCUGGCCAUGGACCCAACAUUUCAGAAGUGUUGUUCCCCGAGCCACUUAGUUAUCACUUUUGCCUUAUGAUCAUGCUGGAAAAGGCAUUGGUCGUCACCAAACUGUUCUUGGAUGGUUGGGAGAAGUUGCUCUCGGAGGAUGUGUUGGUACCAUUCUUUAUUCAUGGCUGUGUUCUUAGGCAGAAUUGUGAGUGAGCCCACUCCCUUGGCUGAGAAGCAACCCCACACGUCAAUGGUCUCAGGAUGCUUUACUGUUGGCAUGACACAGGACUGAUGGUAGCGCUCACCUUGUCUUCCCCGCCGGAUGCCCCAAACAAUCGGACAGGGGAUUCAUCAGAGAAAAUGACUUUACCCCAGUCCUCAGCAGUCCAAUCCCUGUACCUUUUGCAGAAUAUCAGUCUGUCCCUGAUGUUUUUCCUGGAGAGAAGUGGCUUCUUUGCUGCCCUUCUUAACACCAGGCCAUCCUCCAAAAGUCUUCGCCUCACUGUGCGUGCAGAUGCACUCACACCUGCCUGCUGCCAUUCCUGAGCAAGCUCUGCACUGGUGGUGCCCUGAUCCCGCAGCUGAAUCAACUUUAGGAGAUGGUCCUGGCACUUGCUGGACUUUCUUGGGCGCCCUGACACCACCUUCACAACAAUUGAACCUCUCUCCUUGAAGUUCUUGAUGAUCCGAUAAAUGGUUGAUUUAGGUGGAAUCUUACUAGCAGCAAUAUCCUUGCCUGUGAAGCCCUUUUUGUGCAAAGCAAUGAUGAUGCAGGUAACCAUGGUUAACAGAGGAAGAAAUGAUUUCAAGCACCACCCUCCUUUUAAAGCUUCCAGUCUGUUAUUCUAACUCAAUCAGCAUGACAGAGGGAUCUCCAGCCUUGUCCUCGUCAACACACUCACCUGUGUUAACGAGAGAAUCACUGACAUGAUGGCAGCUGGUCCGUUUGUGGCAGGGCUGAAAUGCAGUGGAAAUGUUUUUGGGGGAUUAAGUUAAUUUUCAUGGCAAAGAGGGACUUUGCAAUUAAUUGCAAUUCAUCUGAUCACUCUUCAUGACAUUCUGGAGUAUAUGCAAAUUGCCAUCAUCGAAACCGAGGCAGCAGACUUUGUGAAAAUUAGUAUUUGUGUCAUUCUCAAAACUUUUGACCAGGACUGUACAUAUGUACAAUGACAUGUAUGGAAAUGACUGGGACAUCUAGCUGGGCGAUGUGGACAAAAAUCCAUAUUGCGGUAAAUUGCCUGAAUUGAUGCGAUGGCGACAAAUAGAACUAUACGUUUAUAACAUUUAGAUUUGAUUAGGAUCCACAUUAGCCGACACCAAUGGCGACAGCUAGCCUUCCUGGGGUCCGACACAUAACCAGAAAGACAUUACAGACAAAAUACUUUAUCAUUUAAAAACAUGUGUUUGCAUCUAUCAGUUCCACAUACAUGUUAGUACAUACACACAACAAGUAGGUCACAUGGGGGAGAGGCAUUGUGCCGUGAGGUGUUGCUUUAUUUGUUUUUUGAAACCAGGUUUUCUGUUCACUUGCUCUAUAUGAGAUGGAAGGGAGUUCUAUGCAAUCAUGGCUCUGUAUAAUACUGUAUGUUUCCUUGAAUUUGUGAGAAGACCCAGGUGGCAUGUCUGGUGGGGUAAGUGUGUGUGUCAGUGCUGUGUGUAAGUUGACUAAUGCAAACAAUUUGGAAUUUCAAACGCAUUAAUGUUUCCAAUAGAAACAAGAAGAGAUGCAGUCACUUUCCUCAACUCUUCGCCAAGAGAGACAGGCAUAUUAUUGAUAUUAGCCAUCUGAUUACAAUGAAGAGCAAGACGUGGCUCUCUGUUCUGGGCCAGCUGCAGUUUAACUAGGUCCUUCUUUGCAGCACAUGACCAUAUGACUGGACAAUAUUCACGAUAACAUCAAACUAGAACCUGCAGGUUUGUGUCAAGAAUUGCAACGCUGCUGUGUUUUUCACACUUAACAGUUUCCUGUGUGUAUCAAUAAUGAUCCACCACCCAAAGGACAUCCAGCCAACUUGACACAAGCUGUGGGAAGCAUUGAGGUCAACAUGGGCCAGCAUCCCUGUGGAACGCUUUCGACCCCUUGUAGAAUCCAUGCUCUUACGAACUGAGGCUGUUCUGAGGGCCAAAGGGCUGUUCCUAAUGUUUUGUAUACCUGGACACACUCAUACAGAGUAACAUGCUGUUUCCCUGCCACUGCGGCGUCCUCUCUGGGGAGAGACAUAUGGAGAGAUGCACAGUCCACUGCUGAUAAAUGCAACGUUUAAGCCUAAUUUAUACCCUGCGUACCCAACGUGAGAACGCUCCAGUCCAUAGGUACUAUAGUGAUAUUGCACUAAGUGGAGCGUGCGGUUCUUAACAGGAGUCGACCGUAUGGUGCGUAUGCCAGAGCAGAAAGUCUUUACUUCAUCUGGAGCAUCCCUCCCCUGAUGUCCAGUGUCUCCUCAAAGACAGUCUUCCUUGGUUUUUCUGGCUGCUUUAUGUGAUUGGUUUCUUUAUGUGAUUGGUUUCUUUAUUGGGCUAUAGAUAAUGGGUCACUUUAACAGGGACUGGUGUUACUAGCUAUAGGCUGAUAAACCCUAUGGAACAGUGUAUCUGAUAGAUGGUGGCGAUCAGUGGUAAAUUCAACCUGCCCUUAUUAUUUUUCAAAUAUGGAGACAUUAGAUGUAGAAAGUUAAAUGGAAAAUACUUAAAAGGAUUAAUUAUUUAAUGCAUUUAUUUACUCGGCUCUGCACUUCAUAUGGAUCAUGGCAACUCUGUCCUCUUAUGUACCUACCAGAAUUCAGCACCCAACCAUUUUUGAGUGAACACUAUCAAUUUCCAAAUGAUUAAACUUUCCCUACCUCUGUCCCCUCACCUCUACGCCCCAGGGUUGCAGGGAACUAAAGGAACUUCUAAUCCUGGUGGACAUGGGUGCACAUUUUUUGCCCAGCAUGCAACUGAUUCCUCCUCCCCUUCCAGGUUUGUUCCGGACCGUGAGUUCUCUGGUACGGACCACGGUCCUCGUCGUGACGGCCCCGUCCAGUUUGAGGAGGAUCCGUUCGGUCUGGACAAGUUCUUGGAGGAGGCUAAGCAGCACGGCGGCUCCAAGAGACCCUCCACCAGCAGAGGCUCCAAGGACUACGACCACGACAAGAAACGCAGGAAGGAGUGAGAGGACGGAGAGAGAGAGAGACCCAGUCUGGUGGGAUGGGAGGGUAGCUCUCAGUAGUCACAAAAUGGCUGCGAAUGUUUUGAACCAACAGUUCCCACCCAAGACAAGUCUGAUAGUGGGGGAUGGGAGGGUAGCGUUCAUUUGGCACAAAAUCUCAGAAAACAUUUUGAAAAGUAGAAGUUGCCAUUUUAGCGUCUCCAAUUAAUUUUCCUUUUUGUUUAAACUUUGAAAUACGUCUGUUUGUCUCAUCUGUUGUGUGGCUGAAACCCCCAGGACCUAGCAGGGAUUGUUCUUUACAUCUGUGUUGAUAAUUACCUUUUUUUUUUCUUUACGCCAUCCCUUAAUCUUUACAUGGAACAGAGUCCCGCCUGUAAAGGUUUUUAAGUAAAGCCCCCGCUAGUUGUAUUAAGCAAUGUUGCUAUGGCUCGUUUGAUAGUCUUUGAUCUAGCAGCAUUCCUGUCAUUGAGUUUGAAUUCCGGUCUUAAGUGAUCUAGUCUAUGGUAUCUUGAUAAUAACUACACAACCUCUGUUACUGGUCGGAUAGUGUGAGCCUACUCUGUAACCACUGAAUAUACUUCAUACAGUGGAUUGAACAUGUCUCUUAUUUUUAGGUUUGUGCUAAUAAACAUGAAACCAGUGUGAUUCUACAGUGAUCUAAAUGUUUUAUUUGUCACAUGCUUGGUAAACAACAGGUGUAGACUA